GUAGUACCCUCUCACUCACUCUCUGACGUUUCUUCACUUCUCUCGACGCCACCAACAGCUGUUUCGUCCGAUCGUCGCCCUCUCGUAUAGUUCGUGUCUCGUCGUAAGAGCGACGGAGAAGGAGAGAGAAAGUGAGUGGGAGAGUAUAGACGGUGGGCCCUACCGCAAGUUUUUCGUCGUCGUCGUCGUCGUUCUCUCAACCUUACGUGCAAGCUUGUCACUUUUAUGUCCACCGUAGGGCACACCAGAUUAAUUCUGACUCCCUAAAAUCCAAAGCGUUGUUUGUUCGUUCAACAUUCGUCUGACAGCUCCUGUCAAAUGGGUCCUUUCUUUCCAACUGUUCGUUAAAUCUGUCAGCCAAACAGACUCGCUGUUCCUAUCUUAUUUUGCACAAGAUAGAAAUAUUCGGUUAUAAUAUUUUGGUCUGUUUUAACGCCUACUCGGUGAAAUACUUCUCGAAAAAAAGAGAGAGAGAAAGAAAGAGAUUUCGUUACGAUAUUGUGCAAGGAUAUUAGUGUAUAAGAAGUUGCUGGUCAAUUAUAUAGUGUCAGAACAUUGUGGAGAAUUCGCACGAUUUACGGAUAAAGGAAAUCUUAAACAUACUGUAUUGUGUGAUAUAAAAAUUAGAAAGAAAAAUGUCAGUAUUGAAUCAAAGUGGAGAAGAUGCGGUGGAAUGUCCUUUGUGUAUGGAGCCAUUGGAAGUGGAUGAUUUAAAUUUCUUUCCAUGCACUUGUGGAUAUCAAAUAUGUCGAUUUUGUUGGCACAGAAUUCGUACAGAUGAAAAUGGUUUAUGUCCUGCCUGUCGGAAGGCCUAUUCUGAAAAUCCUGCCGAUUUUAAACCUCUUAGUAUGGAAGAAAUUGCAAGAUUAAAAGCCGAAAAGAGAUUAAAAGAUCAGCAACGUAAGCAAAGGGUUACAGAAAACCGUAAACAUCUAGCAAAUGUGAGAGUAGUACAAAAAAAUCUAGUAUUUGUAGUAGGAUUACCAUUGAGACUUGCGGAUGCUGAUAUAUUAAAGCGGCACGAAUAUUUUGGAAAAUUUGGCAAAAUUCACAAAGUUGUAAUAAAUCAAAGCACUUCCUAUGCAGGGUCUCAAGGUCCUAGUGCUUCAGCUUACGUUACUUAUCAACGUCAAGAAGAUGCACUACGUGCUAUAGAGGCUGUGAAUAAUGUUGUUAUGGAUGGAAGGACUAUUAAAACGUCACUAGGAACAACAAAGUAUUGUUCACAUUUUAUGCGCAAUCAGCCUUGUCCCAAACCGGAUUGUAUGUAUUUACACGAUCUUGGGGACCAGGAAGCAUCGUUUACAAAGGAAGAGAUGCAUCAAGGCAAACAUCAAGAAUAUGAGCGUAAACUUGUGCAAUCGUUACAUGCGUCACAUGCAUCUGCACAACGGAAACCAACACCAUCACCGUCAGUGACAGGCAGUAUUGUUAGAGAAAAUGGAACUUCAAAUUCUCAAGCUAAAGAAGCUUGGCCAUCGUUACAAACCGGACAGACAAAUAGUUCACAAACAAAUUGUAAAGAAUUAUCUCCGCCAUCACAAACAACAUCACAGCAAAACAACAUGACAAACGGAAGUAGUACAAUAAAUCAGCAGAGUCAUGUAUUGUCUGGUGGUUCUACGCAACAGCAGAACAAUAAUAAUAAAGGCGAAAAUAUGAAUAUACGGAGAGGAAAAAGUAAUAGUGAAAGUAAAGCUCAAGCAGCACGGAAUAAACACAAAAAUUGUCAAAAUAAAGAAAAACACAGUACACGGCCAACUUCCCGAUCGGAAUCUAGCUCUAUUGGUACACAAAAUAAUGUACAAUCACAAAUUAAUGGACAAAAGGAUAUUAGAAAUUUUUCAUCCGAAUCGAAUAGUGAUGUAUUACAAAAAUUGGGUAAUAAGUGUAAAUCGGAACAACAGUCGCAACCACAGCAACAGCAGCAACAGCCACAGCAACCACCAUCUCAACAACAAUCGCAGCAACAAAGUAACAAAAGAUCUAAAUUAGUUCAACAACAACAACAAUACCAACAAUCUCAAGAACUUAAAGUAAACGGAAUAGUACAGAAUGGAGAUCGCCGGCAUUCGGAUAGUGAAACGGAUCAACAACGUGAAGGUAGUACACCAGCUAGUACAAUUUCAAGUACGGAAGAUUCAAAUGUGAAUCAUCAAGUGGAACAUUUAGUAGAAUCAAGUGAGGAGAACAAUGGUGCUGCUAUUUUGGGUUCCUCCCCAGCUAGCACAAAUUCAUCACAAGGUGCCAAUCAACAGCCACCACCAGGACUACAUAAUGGGUCCCAAAUACAAUUCAAUCAUCGGUCAAUCUUUCAGACAGACAAUAAUAGUUUCUUCAGUUCAAACACUUUCCAGAAAAUCUCUACCACCACUUCAGUGCCACCUACUUCUUUGACAGCAAACCUAAAUUGGACAACUACAGGCUUAGCUUCUAUUCCCGACUCAUUACCAAUGGUUCAAUCCAGUGAAGAUUGGCAAGCAGCUUUUGGUUUUCAACCUGAAACUUCACAAACGAAUCAUGUUGUACAAAAAUCCAGCCCUUCUAGUUCACCAGGAGUGACAUUCAAUUCUGAGGGUUUUGUAGAUGAAGAAGUUUACACUAAUCUACAAUAUACUACUUUAUCAGAACCAUCUAGUACUUUUACAUCAAGUUUGCUUGUUAAUUCUCCUGCAUCUAAAUUCAUGGCAGAUUUUCAACAAAACUCAUUGCAACAAAGGCUUGCUCUGCAGGCACAACAAAAUCAAGAAAACUGUGAAUACAUAAAACAAAAUGGUCAUGCUACUUUGGAAGAAGUUAGAAAUCAUAAAGAAUCUGGUUCGGAUUUAAAGGCUGACGAUGAUUUAGGUUUUGAUCCCUUUCAUGAAACACAAAAAGCUUUGGCCGAACUUAUGGAAAAUGAAAUGCAAAUUCAGCAACAGAGGUUUCAGCAGCAACAACAGCAACAAAGAGAACGAGAAGAGCAAAAUAGGGUACAACAUCAACAAAAUAUUACAAAUCUUGGUCAACAACAUUUUCCACAGGUUGCCCAUAUAGCACAUUUACAACAACAGGCUCAACAUCUGCAGAAUCUACAAGUUAUUCAACAGUCUCAUUCCUUGCUGUCUCGUCUUCCACAAAAUUUAUUACAAAGUGGUACCCAAAGUUCUGCUCAGAGUACUGUGGCUACUGCCAGUUUGGGACAACGUAGUCGCCUUCCACCACCAGGUUUCCCUGGUUCUACACCAAAUCACAUGAAUUCUUUUGGUCUUGGUAUACCGCGACCAGCUCCCACGAACAAUGCUCUUUCGGGAGCACAACCACCACAACAAAAUACCUAUCUUCCAAAUGGAAUUUUGAAUUCCCAAGGUAUUAGUAAAUGCGCGGGAGAUGCAAUGUAUACGCUUAAAGAUUGGUGUGAUAUUAAUAAUCAACAACAACAACAACAAUUUCAUCAUCAAGCAUUACAUCAAAAAGGCGGAUGGAACAAUUUUGGACCUAUUGCAGACUGGACUUCGAUUGAUCCAGCCAUUGUUAGUUCUUCUAGGCCUCUUCCAUUCCAAACUACUAGUACAUGGCAAUUUCCACAUGUUCAUCCUCCACACACUGUAUCACACAAUGCGCAACAGGAACAACAGAACGCACCAACUCAACAUUGGGCAAUGCAACCACCUCCAGGUUUUGCUGCACCAGCGACUACAGGACAAUUGAGUAAUCAACAACCAAGCACAACUGCACAGCCGCACACUAAACUUAUCUCAGCAGGAUCGGAAAUCGAAAAUCUAUAAAUAAAUACGAAUAUACGAAGUGUACAACUGACGUGAUAAAACAUCCAUGUUGAAAGUCAGCAAUGAUACAAAAACCCGACAGUCUGUUACGUACGUUUUCCUGACCCGUAUCUAUAUCUUUGAAUUAAUUUUAUUUUAACAUUUUAUCCUCAUUGGAUAAAAACGAAUAUUUACCAUUACAAGUAUUGAAAAAUAUAAUUUUCAUGAAUAGUUUCGAAUAUAUGCGACGAAUAUACUCCUAUACGUUUUCAACAAUAUUCUCAUAUUUAAUCUAUAGUAAAUUCAAACUAUUUACAAGUCUGGCAAUUUUACGAUGGUUAAGUUCAUGUAGGUCAAGAUGAUACAGAUAUCAAAGGCAAUGAUCAUGAUUUAAUAACUAACACAUUAAAUAAAAUACUUACGAUAAUAAUUAUAUUAAAUUGAAAUUUUUGUGUAUAUAUAUCACUGGGAUCCGAGUAAACAAUAUUUAAGCGAACAUAAGAAAUGCUUUUUGUGUAAAUAACAUUUUCAGAUGGACAUACACUAAGCUGAAAUUUCGCAUAAUGGAAAUCCAUAACCCUUAUUUUUUUCUGUAUUAAUAUAUUUUUUGUUUAAAUUUAAAAUAGGGUAUUAUGUUACAAAAAAAAAAAACUAAUGAUACUUAACGGGUCUUUUUAUUUAAAAUAUAAUGCAUACUACAUUUAUAUUAUAAAAUGCUUAUAUACUGGCAACAUUAGAACAAAUUUUUUAACAGAAUAUUGUCUGUUUAUCUCUUAGACAAAGGAUUUCUGUUAUAUAUGUAUCAUAAAUAUGUAUUAUUAUUGUGAAAAUACGCAAAUAGAUACAUGCUAAUAAAAAAACUAAAAUGUAAAAACUCAUAAAGAAUUUAAUUGUUAUUAUUGUUUUUUUCUCUUUUUUUUUAUCAAGAAUAAUCUGAAAUCUGAAAUCGUAAUCAAAAGUCAUUAAUUCCUGCAACUUGAAUCAUGAUUAUCAUCUUGAAAUUCACAUUCAAUAUACAUUUUUUUUUCUUUCAAUUUUUUUACGUCGAAUUAACAUUAUCAUAUAGUGUCGACAUCAAUUUGUCUGUUAAAUAUCGUACAAUCUCUUGUUUUUCUCUAAUUUUGAAAUAUGAAAACUCAAAAAUCUAUUUGUUUCAUGUAACUUAUUCAAUAUAUAACGUCAAAAUAGACUAUGAAGAGUAUACAGAGGAUGAACUAUGAUAGUUGUGCUUCAAAAAAAUAAAGUGUAAGAAAAUACUUUGAUGUGUUUAAAAAUACAUACAUAUAUCAAAGUUUAUGCCAGACGAAUAUAUAAUUUAUAGCAAAUAUUUCGUCGCAUUUGUAUAAUCAGCUAACAACGUAUUAAGAAUGUUCAAAUUGAAUUAUUUUAUAAUAAUCAGGCAUACAUAGGAUUCAGGAAACGACGAGCAACUGUCAAAAUAAUGAAUAUAAACGAGUCAGCGUAUCCGAAUCUCGAAUACAAACAAAAUGAUUAUGAUAUACGUAUAACGAAAUAUGUCUGAAUGAUAGUACUAUAAUACAAAAUGUUAUCGUCGAAUGAUUAAAUUUUGGCAGAUUGUUAAACAUAUCUGCUAACUCAACAUGAUUAAGGAAAACACGAUACAUAUACAAGAGAAUGAUUGAGAUAAAGAUAUAAUUAUAACAAAUUUAAUUGAAUUAAGAUAAUCGAGAAAUAUACGACAUGCGCAAGAAAUUAA